AGAUGAGAAAUGGAGAGUAUUUAUUUGAAAUGUCCUGUGACUGCCCUGCUCGGGACGGAUAUCUCCGGAGAUGAAUGUAUCCUGGUUGGACAAGGAUCCUUUAUCUCUCUACUCAAGCAAAACCAAACCUUGCUCAAGCUGAAAGUUUUCACCGCUUCUUAUGUUCAUGAGAUACUUCGGUUCGGAUCCGAUAUUCUUGUUCUAGGGGGGAAGAGCGUUUGCUUGCUCGAGGUUCAAGGCGGAAAGGUAAUUAUCAAGAGUUCGGAGGAAAUAUUUCAAGACUGGAUUUGGGACGCACUUAAAAUAAAUAAUAGAUUCUUUUUCCUCACCGCUCAUAACCGAGUUAUCGCUACAGACGAGCAGUUAAAUACUUUUCAAACUUAUGGUUGUAAAGAGAAAUGUAUUUUGUAUUCUGGACACUUGGAGUCAUGGAACGGAGAAGUUUGUGUUCUGGCAGGUUCAGUUUUCUCUGAAGUUCUAAUAUGGACCCGGAGUUUAAAAGAGGAUCAAGAUAAUUCUUCACAUGAGUCACCAGUUCUACACAGGUUAUCCGGUCAUGAAGGAGUUCUCUUUAGUAUUAACAUGUGCUCCGAAAAAGGAUUGAUUUGCUCCACUUCAGAUGAUCGAUCUGCUCGGGUUUGGAAGGUUUCCUUUAGCUCCGGUAGAUCCUGGGAGUCUGCUGAGGUUUAUCAGCUCCAUGUCCUAUACGGCCACACGGCCAGAGUAUUCAGGUCCUGUAUGACUGAGACAAGAUUGAUAACAGUUGGUGAGGAUUCUAAGAUUUGUCUUUGGAACUUGGAACAUGGAACUCUAGAGCGCAGUAUCGAAGAUUGCCACACCGGAUCUCCAAUCUGGUCUCUCUCCGUCCUAGGAGACAAAACUUUAAUAUCAGGAGGAGGAAACGGAGCAGCUUCAUCCUGGGACCUGGAAACCUUGAACCAACCAACGGAACUUAACUGUGAUAUAAAACCCGGAGACUUUCCUAAACUUGUUAAAUUCAUUGGAGACAGAAUUCUUGUUUUAACAAAUGACGGACUUCUGAUAUCUGUGAUAAACGAGAUAGAAUGGAUCCGACCUUUCCCCAUUCUCAAAUCCUAUGCAGUUAUGGAGAAUAACUCCGAGGAACACAUUCUACUGGGAAGUCUCUCAGGUUCUGUUCAUAUCCUUCAACUCCGCCCAGAGAUUAAGCCUAUCUUGGAGGAAACUAUAAUCCAGGGAAAGAUUUUUUCAGCCGCUUUGUUCUCGGAUAGAUUCCUUGUGAACGGAUCAGAAGGUCGGUUAGUUCUCACCAGUUUUACUCCGGGUGGAACCUGGAGUAAAAUAUCUGAAGGUUCUUUACCCGACUCCAAGCAACGUUGGUUCUCUGUAGCAAGAGAGUGGAUAACUUUUAUAGUUCUUGGAGAUAGGGUUGGGAGUUUACAUAUAUAUUCACAUGAUCUAGUCCUCCAACAAAGUUUCAAAAAGAUUCAUAAUAGGAAUGGAGUCACUGACAUAAAAAUAUCUGGGAAUUCUUUCUUAAGCUGUGGUCGAGACGGAACUGUUAGAAGAUUCCGUCUUGAAGGUUCUGAGGUUGAGCAACUAUCUUGUAUCAGGACAGGAGUAGACUGGUUGGCUAGACUAGCUCCUGGUCCCGGUAUCACAGCAGUAUCCUUCCAUGGAACUAAACUUUUACUCCAGGAUGUUGAGCAGAGCAAGCUUCUAAGCGAGGUAGAGUGUGGAGGAGGGCAUAGAUCCUGGGAUAUACUAGGGACGGAGAAACUAGUGUUUAUCAAGGAAAAGAAGAUAUUUACACAAGUUUUCAACUUUCAAGGAGAACUGCCAACCUGCCCUGGUUCUCACACUCAGCAAAUAAAUACAAUGUCUUCCUUCAGGUUUUUAGAAGACCUAUACUUGUGCACUGGCGGAGAAGAUACCUUGAUUAGGAUUCAUGCUGUACAUCCCAACCUAGAGGAUCUAGAACCAAGAUUAGUUCUCAGGGGUCAUGUUUCCAGUGUAAAGUGUAUAAAACCAUUAGAUCUAAGAAACGGAACCGUCCUUCUCUUUACAGGGGGAGGAAGGGCUCAGUUGAAGAUUUGGAGAAUAUUGAACCUGGACGGAGAACUGGUCGGUUCUGAGAUAGCUGACUAUAUGCUCCGUGGAUCUGACAAGGAUAUCAGGAGAGCCUGGAGAGAAGCUCAGAGCGAAGUUCGGCAUGAUCCUGAAACCAGAUUCUUGAGUUUGGAAAUUAUUGAGGAGAAGAAUGGAGUUUAUAUUUAUGUUGGAUGUUCAGAUUCAAUACUCAGGGUUUUUAUUUACUCGAAGAACACGAUUAGUUUACUCCAAGAAGGGAAGUUUCAAGAUCAUUGUAUUCUACUGGUGAAACAGUUCUCUCUCAACAAGAAUGGGUUCAUCCUCUCCUGCACUACAGGUGGAAGUAUCUAUUCCUGGAGAAGGAAGAAUAUUUUAUCCGAAGAUUAUCAUGAGUUUAAACUCCACCAGUCCGGGAUAAACAGCCUGGAUAUUCUGGAGAAAGAUUCCCACUGUCUCUUCGUCACAGGAGGGGAUGAUAAUGCCCUGGUCCUAUCUCAGAUACAAGAGAUAGAUAAUAAAAUAUCACACUUUGUCCUGUGGAGAGAAGACAAAGCCCACGCCGCUCAAAUCACCGGAGCUCACUUUUCAGGAUCGAAUCUAUACUCCGUAUCUGUUGACCAACGAAUAGGAAUAUGGAAGAGGGAGGAGAAGAGGGAAGAAUAUAAGUUGGUUAAACUAAAAUCCACCAACAUUGCAGAUAUUCAAGAAACCUUACUUAUUCAAGCUCAGAACAGAAACCUACUCUGUACGGUGGGAAUAGGUUUACAAAUUUUUUCUACAUAAUUUUUUUCAGAA